GCCGACAUUGUCAGUGGAAUGAAUGCGCUGCACGCAAGUGUCAUCCGCUCACACGGGAAUCUCACGGCCCUUACUUGCCUGAUCGACAGCCAGUUAAUGCUCAAGAUUACCGACUAUGGUUUACCUAAUUUGACAAGAACACUUAAUUUCUUUGAUGCGCCGUUCGAAUCACAAACCGAGCGGAAUUUUCAUGAACUGUUAUGGCGUGCGCCAGAAUUACUUCGAAGAAGAAUGGAGCCAGCUGGAACGCAAAAAGGCGAUGUGUACAGCUUUGCCAUACUUCUUCAGCAAAUUAUUUUGCGUAGUGCACCUUUUCGCUUGGAAGGUGUACCGGGAAGUAAUGAAAAAGCAAGAGAAAUAGUUCUUGAGCUUAAACACGGUACAGCGCCGCCACUGCGCCCACCCGUUCCGUCCUCCGCUUGCGGGCCGCGGCUAUACGAUUUAAUGGAGGCCUGCUGGGACGAGAAUCCACUAUCCCGCCCAUCAUUUCCGCGGAUUCGCAGCCUUCUCGGCCGCAUCGUCGGCCACUCGGGGAACAUCGUUGACAGUUUAAUUAAAUCCAUGGAGCGUUACGCCAUGACCUUAGAGCAGCAGGUGGAGGAUCAAAUGCACAAUUUCAUGGAAGAAAAGCAGCGCUCGGAGAUGCUGUUAAGCAAUUUGUUGCCAAAAUCGAUUGCCGAAGCAAUGCAAACGGGGCACACAAUUUACCCGGAAACGUUUGCUAGCACAACCGUAUACUUCGGGGAUAUUCCCGGGUUUACGGAUAUUAUCUCCAGGGAACCCUCGCCGAAACACGUCAUCGGUGUUCUCAAUUCUAUGUAUAAUACGUUUGACAGCAUCUUGGAGAAAUUCGACGUUUACAAAGUCGAGACAAUCAAUGAUGCUUAUUUGGUUGUAAGUGGUCUUCCAGUUAGUAAUGGCCUUCGCCAUGCCAACGAAAUUGUGUCCAUGGCCAUGAGUAUGAUGAGGGACACGGAGAAACUGAACAGCUUCAACGCAACCGUCCGCUCAGCGGGCAAUUCGCCCGUGUUUGAACUACGUGUCGGUGUUAACUCAGGUCCUUGCGUUGCCGGCGUGGUUGGAUUGAAAAUGCCUAGAUACUGUUUAUUCGGGGAUACGGUGAAUACAGCUGCCAGAAUGCAAACCAACGGAAAAGCGGGUAAAGUACAUUCCACACCAACGACAAUGGAGAUACUGGAGCGAGCGAAUAGCGGCCAAUACGGUUUCUCUAGCAGAGGCCAAAUACAAAUUAAGGGCAAAGGACUUAUGGAAACAUUCUGGAUUGUGGAAAAACAACAGUGAAAAGUGUUACUGUGAUCUCAGCUUCCGCACAGUAUUUAUCCACAGCGCUUGCCAGCCCGUAAAAACAAUUUCUUGCAUACAAGUAUACAUGAAAUCCGUCAGUGAAAACUUAAGAUACGGAAUUACUCGUCCAAACCAGCGGCGCUGGACGCGGUAUCGUUGUUGCACAAGGAAGUGUGGUGGUCCAGUUGCGGCAGCAUUCCCUUCAUUAGGUUAAGAAGAUUAUUUUGCAAAUGUUUGAUCUGUUGUUUGGAGUC